AUUCAGUGUACUUCCUAUGCGAUCGCAUACGUGGAAAGAUGGCAGCCCACAAGAAAACGACGCGACAAGUCUUGUUAUUCAUAUUUUUAAAUGUUAUUUGUGUCGGAGCGGAUUUGCCAGAAAAGCUACUUUGUGCAGAUUUGAAAUGCAGAGCUCCCAUUUCCAGAGUACAGUCCGUGUUCAGCUACAAUGCUCCAGACCCACACUUCUUGUCUUUCAGCCAGCAUGAAGUUAUUCAAGUAUUUGCUAAGGAUGUUGAUGAAUCUGGAUUGUGGACAGGAGAGCUGCUCAUGAAACCUGGGAAGAUUGGUCUCUUCAACAAGGAUCUUGUCAAAGAGCUGGUUGUAUUCAACAAGAGUCCAGUACAACAUGUUGAUAUUGUGGAUUUCUUUGAUAAUAGAGGGAUAUCACAUGGGCUAGGAGAUAGACGGCCCCCAGAGCCUACAGCAAAGGAGAAGGAGACAGAAGAGGUUGAAACGAAAGAAAGUAAUGGAACAGAACAGGGACAGGACCACAGUGGACCUGAACAGGGCCUGGACCAGACUGGACCAGAACAGGGCCUGGACCAGACUGAACCAGAACAGGGCCUGGAGCAGAGUGGACCAGAACAAGGCCUGGAGCAGAGUGAACCAGAACAGGGCCUGGAGCAGAGGGGGCCAGAACAGGGCCAGGACCAGAAUGAACCAGAACAGAACCAGGAACUGGGUGCACCAGGGCACGUAAGGGGUGAAGAAGAGGAAAAUGAAGUGGAAUAUGAUGAAGACCAUGAGGAAGAAGAAGAUGAUGUCAAGGAGUAUGUUGAGCGCAAAUAUGUCUAUGAUGAUGAAGAAGAAGAGGAUUUUCUGGAUGAAAUUUUGGAGGGGAGGGGUAAUGAAGACAAACGCAUUGAGGAAGAAAAGGCUAAACCCAAAGAGCGAAAUCCAAAGGUUGCUUCUCAUGGAGAGGAUUUGGAUAAAGGUGAUGUAGAGGAAGUAAAGAAGAGCCACUACGAAGGUCCCAUCAAGAAUGAACCUUCCGCAGAGAAGAUGGGUGUCAUACAUAAAGUUCAGCAGCUGAUUUAUGAUACUGAGAAGCAGGAGAGGGUCAUCAGGGAACAGAGCCAGAAGGAUCCUCCAGGGGGUCCUCAGAGGGGAGAUGUCAUGGAUGUGGAAGAAGCAGCACAUAUUCAGGAAAUGGAGAGGUUGAUGAAAGAAGAAGAAGAACUUCAAACAGGCUUAGACAAGGAUCUGUUUGAAAGUCGAAGGGAGCAAAUGAAUGAUAAUAAAAGAGACAAAUCUGUAGUUCAAGCCGAGGACAUUUUACACACUGGAGAUGUAUCCCAACAGGAAGGAAUGAAGACUGCUGAUGAAAACAGUGAAGAAGAAAAUUAUGAGGCAGAAGAUGAAGAAAAGGAUGAUGAUGAUGAUGGUGACGAAUGGGUAAAUAGACAUGGUGGAGAAAAAGAACAUGUAAGCAAAGAUGAGAAGAAAGAAGGUGAAGAUUUAGAGUUAGAAGAUGAUGACAUAGAAGAACAGAUAAUCCAACCUGAUGAAACCUUGACGUAUGAUGCUGAGGAAUACAGUGGAAAGGAGGAAUUUCUUAGGGAAGAGGAAGAACUUCCUAGGGAAGAGGAAGAACUUGAUAGUGAAUAUAAUGAGGACGAAGAUGAAGGGGUUUUAGGUUUAGUGGAUAAUGAGGAGAUUGAAGAAUGGAUAAUCCAAAUGGAUCAAAGUGCGAAAGAAGAAAUGGACCUCCAGAGGGAAAUUGAUGAAAAGGCCAGGGAAGAAACAGAAGCAGACGAGACAGAGUCAGUGCAAGAAGAGAUAUCCAUGACCCUUGAACCCUCAACAGAUGUGGAACAAAUUAAGAGUGAUACAGCCAUUCAGGAGAAUAUGAUGGCCUUUGAUGAAGGAAAAGAACCAGACAGUACAAGCAACACAGAAGAGCCUAUGGAGAAGGUUGAAGAAACCCAGAAACAAGAGGAUAAAGAUACAGAAGAAAAGACACAAGAUUCACAAAGGGCUCAAGAGAAUGAAGAGGAAGACGUAAGGGAGAAGGAUGAACCUGAAGAAGCCCAGGAAGCAGUUUCUAAUAACAAAGAUAUGGAAGCAAGAGAUUCAAAUGCCUCUGAGGAGAAGCCUACCCAACCUGCAGAAGAUGGCCAACAAGAAGAUAAACUAAAUGGUAAUGGAGUGGAAGAAGAAGAAGAUAAACACAAGGCAGACAAGGACCUUGGUCCUGAUGGAGAUGUAUCAAAUCAAGGACAGAAAGAGGAAGUGAAGGAUAUCCAAGAAGAGAGUAAUCCUGAUAGUGCUCCUGGCGAAGAUGCUGGGAAGCAAGAUAAUGAGAUUCAACCAGAUUCUAUCCAGCCAAGCCCAUCAUAUGAAGUGAUAGAUGGCACCACUCUCUAUAUGAAUGAUUUGGAGCCGACACCUUUACCCCAAGAACUUCCAAGUAGAACAGAAACUGGAGAAAAAUUACAUGAUAUCCCAAUUAGUGACAACGCUAAUACAUUUACAAUGAGUGCUAGUGACAUUGUAGAUGUACCUAAAGUAGAGGAAAAACGUGAUGAAAGUGGUCCUCCAUCUAGUCUUUCUUUCAAGAGUGAGGAUGAUAUUGAUCCUGAAGCGUACAGAAACAUCCUCAACAAACUCCAUGCCAACCCUGAACUUAAGGACAAAGAAGGUGCCAUCCAGCAGGAGAUGCUCAAGAUACUUCGUGACCCGGAGCUGAAGAAGAACUUACUUAUGAAGACUCGAGAACCUAAGAAAGACAUCUUGUCACCAUUCAGCGCUCAACAUUUAGCAGCUGGGGAUGCUGUGCAAAUGAAUCAAGGACAAGGGCACACUCAAGAUAAUCUGGAUCUAAAGAAUAUUGAUGCCAUGCUAGAUGAAGCUACCAAUCAUUAUUUAUCUCCCGACAGUUCUGACGAAAUUGUUCCUACACCCUCACCGGCUGCAGGACCGAACAUUGUAGAAGGAAGACCAAGUAGCCCUCUUGAUAAAGAUGUUCAAGGAGAUAUCCAUCCUGUAGAUCCCUUAUCUCUCUUACACAAAGAAGGCGUGGACACAUCUCAUUCCGAUCAUGAAAAGAUUGAUAUUACAGCAGAGAUUCCCAGAUCCUCAGACCCUUCUGAUGAACAUCUUCAGCCGUCGAUGCAACAAGUCCCUGAUGAUGCCUAUGACCCUGUCAAACUUGCUGCCGAACUGAACACAGUUCAGGGGUCAAAUCCUGAUGUGAUUGUUGAUCCUGCUCAAAAUGAUCUCAACGAUGAUCCUGCCAUGAAAAUUUUAGAGGAUCAGAAAGAUUCAACAAAGCAGGACAGCCAAGAAGCUUCAUCAAAUGAUUCUUUACCACCUUCAAGCACAGAGCAGGUAGAAGAAAAGGUAGAAACCAAUGAUGAUCAAGAAGUUCCUUCUCCACACUUAGAUUCCAAUCUACCACCCGGUAUGGAUACCAGGCCAAAUAUAGAACAACUGACUGACAGCAGCUAUGGGGAGCCUGGAUUACGCACCGGCAUACGGGUUGAUGAAGAAACCCCAGGGGAUGAUGAGGAGGACCCAAACCACUACCAUCCCGUGGAUGAGGAGGUGGAGCAGGAGAGACCCAAUGAUGCAGUCCCUGAUACAGGUACCCAAGAAGAGGACAGCCACCAAAGAGAAGGCUUCCAUCAUCAAGUCUACACUAAGGAGGAGAACGAAGAGCUUCAGGAUGAUGGGGUUACGAUAGAAGAGGUACCGGACCACCAGGAGGAGCCGGUUGAAACGAGCCAGGGAGGUGACUGGCUUGGAGACAUGAUUAAGAACCUGGAGCCAGCUUUAGAAGCAAUGAAUCAGUCCAUCCUCAAGCCCAUGUUUGAAAUGUUCCCAACUGAGUUUCAGCGUGCCAUACAGCAGCCCGAUUUUCUUGGUAUUCCAUGGAUGGUUAUCAUCAUCUUAGAGGCUUCCAUGUCCUUUUUCUUCAUUCUUUUAACCUGCUGUUGGAUGUGCAGCACAAGGAGAAGCAGAAGUAUCAAUGAGAGUCUAAGUCGUGAAGUCGACCUUCUCACGGCUCAGAAAGCUGAGGUCAUGGAUGCCCUUGACAUGACCAACACUCAAUUCCAGAAACAGAACCUAGAAUACUUUGAGCUCAAGUCCUCGACUGAACGUACAGGCAGCGACAAGUCCAAGCUAGAGACAAAAUACAAGGAGGUAAACCAAACUUCUAAAGAGCAGCAACAAGAGAUUGACCAGAUCAAAGCAGCCCUUAAGAAGAAAACAACGGAGAAUGAAUCCAGUCAACAGAAGGUUAAAUCUUUGGAGCAACAAUUGAAGAAGUCACAAAAAUCAGUUUCAGAAUUGAAUGGUCGAGUAAAAGAUCUUCAAGGAAAGGAAUAUGCUGGUGAGGAAGAAUGUUCCCAUCUCAAGCACAACAUCACUAUAUUAGAAGAACAGAAUCAACAACUUGACAGCAGCAAAGAAAUGCUUGAAGAUGAAAUUAAAGGAUGGCAUGAAAGAGUCUCGGAACUAUCGGAACAGAUUAAGUUGAUGACAGCAGAGAAGAAGGACAUGGAUGAAUCAUUAACAUACAAAGCUAAUGAAAUAGAAGUAUUGAAGGAUUGUCUACUACAACUGAAAGGAAUAGAAAAUAUUCAAAAAGAAGGACCAGAGGUUGACUCAGAAUCUAGAAUACAACAGCUUAUGGAUGUCACAAGAGUUAAUGCUAAGCUCUCCUUGAUUGAGAAGGAGCGUGAUGAGGUCCAGGAGAGGUUAGACCAGGAGGUGAAGUGUGGUAGGGAGCUUGAAUCACAGGUAGGGGCGCUCAACCAUGAGAUUGAUGCCCUCCGCAUGGAACAUUCCAAGGCUAAGAGCACCCUGGGUGAAACCAAGACAAAGAUGGAGGUCCUCCAAGAGUACUUCAAGGGCAAGGAGGUGGAGCUACAAAGGAAACUUGGAAGAGAGGAAGCCUUGAAACUACAUAGUGAAGAACAGCUGACAUCACUGAGUGAGAAGGCAAUCAAUUCUGAAGUAGACUUGAAUAAUUACAGACAACAAAUUGCAGAUCUGAAAUCAGAGUUGGAGAAAUCAGAAAGAAAUUAUAAAACCCAGAUUGGUGCCCAUGAAAAGAAGACACAUGAACAUUGGCUUUCCUCUAGAACAGCCGAAAGAGAGCUCCAAGAAGCUAAGAGGGAGGCUGCUUCAUUAAGACACAGAUUAACAGAGCUGGAAGGAAGACGAGCAACUUCAGAAAAUGCACCUCUUGUCAAGCCUCAGGCAGCCGCACCAUCACCUAUGAGAGUAGUGUCUCCUUCAUACGGACCAGGUGACAGAGGCAGCAAAAUGUCUAGGAGAGGUCCAAGCAGGAACAGCAUAAUAGAUGGAGACGCUCCAUCACCACCAUUAAUCGACCCUCGUCAUAGAGGUUCACCAGGAUCUAGGCCCAGAAUGUCCCCGCCCAUGAUGGACCGAGACAUGCCCCCACCCCAUCCUGAUGACUACCUCCCUCCAAUGCACCACCGUGACAUGGGCCCCUCCCCAUACAGAGAUGUCCUGCCACACCACCCAGACUUUGGUCCACAGGGUCCAGGGCCUUACGAUGAUCCCUACGGUCCUCCACCCGACGGCUUCUCUCCACAUUUUGGACCUCAUCCUGAUGAUAUGGGUUUUGGACCGCGUGGACCCCCACCAGGGAACUUUGGUCCCCCGAUGGGAUUUCCUCCGCCAGGGAGGGGAGAGUUUGAUCAUCAUGGUCCUCCUCCACCAAUGGAUCCUGGCUUUGACCCCAUGUAUGGACCACCACCACCCCAUGGAAUGGAUCCCAUGAUGGGUCCUGGACCAUUUCCAGGAGAUGGUCCACCUCCCUUUGACAGAAGAGGCCCUCCUCCUCCAGGCAUGAGACCAGGAAGUAGAACAGGACCUCCUGGUCCACCAGAUGGUCCAAUGGUUGGUCCUAGAACAUCAUCCCCAAUGGUUCCACCUGGUGGCCAGCGGGGGCCAAGAGGUCAAACUCCUAGACAGCCUUCUAAUAUGCAGGCAUAAGAGUGCUGUUUGGAAAGACCCAGAUGUUAUCCUCAUAAGCAGCUUCUGCAACAUUUAGAAAUAAUAAAAACUGAAUGUAGCCAAGUGAUGAAAUGGAACUCAUGAUGAGCAGCUAAAGUUCCCAUUUAUAAAGAAAACAUGGGGGAGGACAGGAAUAGGAGUUUCUGUUAAAAUAUCAUGGUUUCAGCUCAUGUCAUACAUUCUUAUUAUAAAAACUUGGAUGGGAAAGGUUUACUCAAUAAAAGAAUAUGUUGAUAUUUAAUCAUUCUGGUGUUACUGGGAGAAAUUUCAAGGGGGGGAAUAGUUUACAUUGUGAGGAAUUUGUAAUUAUAAUACAGGUAAUUCAGUUAGAGAAUGGGAAAAAGAGAAUUAUGGAUAGUGGUUAAAGUAUUAAAAAUUUGUGCUACAUCAUUUUAUAGGAAAUAUUUUUCUUAUGAUCUCUACCAGUUUGCUCUUGCAUGUCUACUUGGCUCUCAGACUAUCUAAUAGAUAUUGUAAGUUGCAUUUUUUAUGUUUAAGUACAAGCUCAUUUUGUAGUUGCCCUAGUCCUAUGUUGACAGUGAACUAGUUUUUCUGUUAAUUUAAAGACAAUAUACGUCUACGGUAAAUCAAUCUUGUUUAAACUGAUAUAAAGACCUACCCUUGUCUGAAAAAAAGAUAGUGAGAGUAGUAUUUCAAAAUAUAGUUACCUGAAGAAGAAAAAAAGAAACUUGAUUGUGUAGUCCUUGUCUAAUCAUGAUAAUAUUUUAAUUCUCAUAAUUAUAAGAUGUUUUUAAAUAUAUCUAGGUUUGCAUAAUGCUUAUGUUAGUAAAAGUAAUGUAGUCCCUAUGACCUGUGUAUGAGAUAUUUUGUGUAUCAGAUUGAAAGUGCAAUGAAGAUAACUCUAGCUCAAGUUGAUGAGCAUAUUUCACAGUAUUGGACAUGCUACCGCUUAUGACAUUGCCAUUAUAAUCAUCAUUUCUAAUAUGAAAUAAUGUAGAUGAAAAUAGAAAGCCUGUGCAAACAUCUUUUUUGGAUUCAUGUAUUCACCUCAGCUGAAAAGAAAGAUGAUUUAGAUUUACAAGCUUUGCAUGAAGAUACCUGUAGAAAUGCUCUGAUUUAGCACUAAGUUACUCUCACAGACUUUAUUUAGAGUUCUGUCAACAACAAAAACAUAUUCUACCCCAUAAUGAAAUAUAACGACCAUCCCAUUUGUUAAAUGAAUGAUUGUGCCAAAUUAAUAUUAAUCUAGAAUGCUGUUCAAUAUUCUAAAAUUUUCACAUUUGUUUUCUUCAGAAAUAUGGUGCUUAAGUAGAUUAAAGAUAAACAUUAAUGUUUGUAGUAUUUUUGAUAAGGAUAAUACUUUAGGAGUAUCAACCCUGCCCAUCCUAGCCUUGCAGCUCUUUAUAUAUGAUACAUAAAUAUAUUCAGAUAAAUGUAUUAUUUUAUGGAAAGGAAAAAGCAAUACUUUAAUGAGAAUAUGCGUGUAUGCACAUUGAUAUACUUGUGUAACAGCUUACAUGUAGUAGAAAUAAUGGAUGAGCACAACUUAUUUGUCACUAUCUCUUUCAUCUUGAUGUUGUGUUAUCUUCUUUCGUCGUGCAUAUUUUCCAGAGAAAAUAUUCAUAAUGCUAUUAGUUGAAGCAUUCUUUACUGGUAAUGUUUAAAUAUUGAAAUAAAGAGAUUAAAUCUCAGAUA